AUGAUAACUGUGGUGAUUUUGAAUUCGGCCAACGGCGUCUAUCAGAACUCACUGUACGGCUUGGUUGCCGCCUUCCCGUCUCAGUAUACCAACGCUGUAGUGCUGGGCACCAACAUAUGCGGCACAUUCGUCUCCAUCAUUAACAUAAUUACGCUUCUCGUCGCAAGUGAUGUUAAAAUUGCCGCUCUCCUGUAUUUCCUGAUAUCAUUUCUGACAAUUCUGGCAUGCUUCUUAUCCAUCUUCCUACUUCCGAAAUUCGAAUUUUAUAACUUUUAUAUGGAAAAAGCAAAAAAGCGCGAUGAGCACAAUGAAGUCGAUGGCAUUAAGUACAUCGAGGCAGAGGUGAUACCGAAAAUUGAUGGAGUGAAACUAACUGCGGAAGGUGACAAAGUAGAGGUGUUAGAUUCAGGUUUUAUGGCAAAACUACAUCUGUACUAUAGAAUAUUUAAAAAGGUCUGGAUUCAGUGCGUUAAUGUGUGGUGUGUGUUCUUUGUAACACUGGCUUUGUUCCCAGCAGUGAUGGCUGAUGUCAAAUACAGCAGCAAAACUGGCAAAUACGACUUCUUCAUUCCUGAGUUUCUGUUCACAGCAUUUACUACGUAUCUGUUGUUCAAUUUCCUGGCUGCGCUUGGAUCAUUCUUGGCAAACUUCGUCCAGUGGCCAUCAGCAAAAUGGUUGGUAGUUCCGGUGGUAGUACGAUUCGCGUUUAUUCCAUUAAUAAUGUUUUGCAAUUAUCGACCUGGAUUCCGAACAUGGGGAGUAUUGUUCGACAACGUGUGGGUUUACAUCUUGAUGGCCAGUAUCAUGUCCAUAACCAGUGGCUACUUCAGCUCUCUAGCCAUGAUGUACGCCCCAAGGUAUUACCCUUUCUAG